ACAUUUGACAGCUAUAGAUUUGCUUGUCAGAGAGCCAACACUGUAGAUUCGACUUCAUCAAAUAUUAUUGUAAUUAUUUAAAUAGUCAACAAUGGCAUCAAAAAAGUGUUGUCAUGGCUGUCUUUCUGUUGGAAGACGGUUAAAUAUAAUUGAGGAUCACGCUAAACUAUACAAUCGACUGCUGUUGAAGAAAUCAAACCAUACAACUAAGAAGUUGAUGAUGUGUUGGGAAUGCCACCAAAUCUUGAAAAACAUCCAGACGUUCCGUAUGAAGAUAACUCAAGCCCAGAAACUUUUAAGCAAUAAAUCUUUGCCACAGCACUCCCUAUCAAACCUAACUGCAUCGAAGAAAAUUGAUGAUUAUCAAGUAAUAAUAUAUGAAGACGAAAAAAAUAAUAUAACUCCGGCAACUGAAAUAGAAGUGCCUGCUGUGAAGCAGGAACCUAGCGAAGAUUUGUAUAACAAAAUUGUAAUAAAAAAUAAUGAUAUUUAUGAUAUAAAAUUGGAUGCAAUCAAAGCGGAAGUUAAAAAUGAAAUUGAUGGCUUUGAAGGCUUUGAUGAUAAUCAUGAGAUAACAGAAUUAGAUGAAGUAUUAGUUCCUAUUGAUUUGCUGGACAAAAAUACAAAGAAAAAGGUGGAUCGUCCAAGGAAGAGACGGGCAGAGUUGAACCAGAAAUAUAGAACUAUUAUUUUGGAUGAUAUACCGGAUAAGAGGAAUUAUUAUGAUAUAGUCAAGAUAGACCAUGAGACCGUGUUGCACUGGCGCGAGAAGAAAAAGAAACGCACAAGUAGCAAGAAAUUCCAGUGUCAACUCUGUUACGCCGGAUUCUCACAGCAGAAGUUCUACGAUCGCCACCUUACCCUGUUACACGCUCAGAAAAACAAAUUCGAAUGCGACAUAUGCGCGUGCCGUUUCAAGUACCGCCGUCUCAUGAAGCGUCACAUCAACGAGCACUUCGUGCAGUAUUCGUGCAAGAUGUGCGACCAGCAGUUCCCCGCGAGGAACCAGCUGUACGUGCACUUCGCGCACGGCCCGCACGGCCGGCAGAUGGAGUGCAAGAAGUGCGGGGCGAGGUUCGAGUGAGUAUCGUGCGUGUACUACUGCAAGAUGUGUGGCCAACAGU